AUGGAAUCCACCGUGCCGGAGCUGGGGAAUCGGCCGGCCACCGCCUGCGCCCCCUCCUGGCUCGCGGCGUCGGAUGUCAACCCCGACCACGCCGCCGGACAAAGGGUGGCCGAGCCUGCUUGCGCUGCUGAAGACGCGGCGCCGCAGACCAGAGAUCAGCCUACGGCGGCAGCUGCUGCUACAAGCAUCGAGGGAGAGUCUGCCCCGGCGAGUGCCGUGGCGAGCACUCCGCCGAGGGAUGGGGAGGCAGGAAGGGCCGCUCCCCCGAGUAGCGUCGCGGAAGGGGAAGAUAGAGCACCAACCCCUCCCCCUGCCGAAGAGAGGAGGGUCCCAACGCCACCCCGGGCAGGGGCCUCUUCGUCCGCAGGCGCCCCGGGCCUGGCCCAGGGGCCGGUGAUGCCUUCGACCACGACUGGUGGCGGUGCAGCGAACGAGGAAGCCCGGGCAUCCUCCGACGACGAGGUGGAGGAAAUUGAAGACAUGGAGGAGGAGGUCUCACGCCUUCGACAGGAGAAAGAGCAGCUCAGCCAAGAGCUUGCCGGGGCACUGGAGGCCGGACGCCGAGCAGAGGAGGAGCUGAGCCGGAAGGACCGGGAGUUGUCUGUGCUCAAGAGUUCGGAUGAUACAGUUAGAGAGGAGGCCCAUGAUGAAAAACAAGACAAAAACAAGCGGGAGGCCCAUGAAACGACUAUUGCCUUCCCUCGGAAAACCAAGAAGCGCAAAGGCCCAUCGAGCCCACAAAUGACAUCAUCAAUAAACCCCUCUUCUCCCCUCCUCUCCGUCCCGCCGAACCCUCCCCCUCUCCUCACCUCCCCUGCUGCCCGCGGCCCCGCGCCGGAGCAGGUGGCGGCGGCGGCGGCGCUGCGACCAUCUUCGCUGUGA